AUGGCAUGGGGCACUGGCAAAAAUGUUUUUCUGCCAGUCGCGGAUGGUUCAUGCGCUUUAAAACGAGAUAUUCGUUACAUAACAUUCGAGUGCAAGGAGAAGCUGCUAGUGCCGAUCAUGUGGCUGCUCAAGAGUUUUCCUGGAAUAUUAAAGGAAAUUAUCGAAAGUGGAGACUCGCCUAAACAAAUUUUUAACGUGGAUGAAACUGUUUAUAGGUCUGAAAAUCCUCGAGCUCUCAAAAAUUACGUCAAGAGUACUCUUCCAGUUAUAUGGAAGGCUAAUCCAAAGGCAUGGGUUACAUCAAUACUUUUUGAAGAAUGGAUUACUAAGCAUUUUAUACCUGAAGUGAAACAGUACUGUUCAAAAAAUAAUUUGGCUUAUAAAUUUAUGUUUGGAAGCUCCGGCAUGGAUCAACCAAAUGUCGAUGAGAUCACAACUGACAUUGUUCAUUUGGCUAACCGUUUGCCUGACAUUGCAGUUACUACUGAUGAUAUUGAUGAUCUGUUAAGCUCACAUUCGCAAGAACUGACUGAUGAAGAUCUUAUUGAAUUGGAGGCACAAGUACAAAAGGAAGCUCUCGAGUCACAAGAAAUAGCUUCUUCUAUUAGUGACUCUGAAAAAGAACUUACACUAAGAAAACUUUCCGUAGCCUUUGCAAAUUUGAAGAAUGCCAUGAAAAUUUUUGAAGAAAAUGAUCCUAAUUUUGAGAGAAGUUUUAACGUUAAUAACAAAAUUUGUGCAGCCUAUCACUGUUACCAAGAUCUGUAUGAUAGCAAGAAGAAAGAAGCCAAGCAAUCUAGAAUUGAUAGUUUCUUUAAGCCAAAAGUUUAA